CCGGGUCGGACUAGCCUGGGGCAAGAUGCGCACGGCCGCCGGCUCUGCGCGCCCCGCCGGUCCCUCCCAGCCCAGGAGGAGGCGACAGGGGAGGGCGCUGCCCGCAGCCGAGCCCGGCGAGUCCGUGGGUCCCGAGUGAACAUCCCGGGCGAGACGGCUGAGACCCCGCGACUCCCGCGCCGGCCGAGCACCGCGGGCGACGCGUCUCCCUGUCCCUCCGCCGCAUCUGCACGCACACCCCCCACCCCCCGACUCCGACUCCUGGCGCGACCCCCGGCUCCCGGACACCUCCAGCCCAGCGCUUCGCGCAGGUGGCGCAGACGCCCCUGCCCUCCGGCGCCCCCUGCCGGGCAGAGGGAAGGCGGCGGCCGCGGAGGAGCCGAGCACAGGCGGGGAGAGAGCUCCAGCGCCGGGAAGAAGCCGGGAGCUUCCCUGAUGGUGCCGCCGCCUCCGAGUCGGGGAGGAGCGGUGAGGAGGCAGCUGGGCAGGAGCCUGGGUCCGCUGCUGCUGCUCCUGGCGCUGGGACACACGUGGAGCUACCGAGAGGAGCCCGAGGACGGCGACAGAGAGAUCUGCUCAGAAAACAAGAUCGCCACGACGAAAUACCCGUGUCUGAAGCCUUCGGGUGAGCUCACCACCUGUUUCAGGAAAAAAUGCUGCAAAGGAUAUAAAUUUGUUCUUGGACAAUGCAUCCCAGAAGAUUACGACGUGUGCGCCGAGGCCCCCUGUGAGCAGCAGUGCACCGACAACUUCGGCCGAGUGCUGUGCACCUGCUACCCCGGGUUCCGGUACGACCGGGAGAGACACCGGAGGCGCGAGAAGCCCUACUGCCUGGAUAUCGACGAGUGUGCCACCAGCAACGAGACGCUGUGCGCGCACAUGUGCAUCAACACCGUGGGCAGCUACCGCUGCGAAUGCCGGGAAGGUUACAUCCAGGAGGACGACGGGAGGACGUGCACCCGGGGAGACAAAUACCCCAAUGACACUGGGCACAACGAGAAGUCCGAGAACGCAGUGGAGGCCGGAAGCUGCUGUGCCACAUGCAAGGAGUUCCACCAGAUGAAGCAGACGGUGCUGCAGCUGAAGCAGAAGAUCGCCCUGCUCCCCAACAGCGCUGCCGACCUGGGCAAGUACAUCACCGGCAACAAAGUGCUGGCCUCAAACGCCUACCUCCCGGGACCUCCUGGGCUGCCUGGGGGCCAGGGCCCUCCUGGUUCACCAGGACCAAAGGGAAGCCCGGGCUUCCCCGGUGUCCCAGGACCUCCCGGGCAGCCUGGCCCGCGGGGCUCGAUGGGACCCAUGGGACCAUCUCCUGAUCUGUCCCACAUUAAGCAAGGCCGGAGGGGCCCCGUGAUCCCUUUGUCUUGCAGGGUCCGCCAGGUGCACCAGGAAGAGACGGCUCUAAGGGAGAGAGAGGAGCUCCUGGACCCAGAGGGUCGCCAGGACCCCCUGGGUCUUUUGACUUCCUGCUACUUAUGCUGGCUGACAUCCGCAAUGACAUCGCCGAGCUGCAGGAGAAGGUGUUUGGGCACCGGACACACUCGUCAGCGGAGGAGUUCCCUUUACCUCAGGAAUUUUCCAGCUACCCAGAAACCAUGGACUUUGGCUCUGGAGACGAGUACCCAAAAAGAACCGAGAUGAGGGACUUGGGACCCACCAGAGACUUUUAUCCUUAGCAUGUCCCGUUAUCAUCAUGCCAAAGGAGGAGAAAUGUGUUUUUCACCUGCAGUUAAAUCCUAUACAAAAAAAGAAAAAGAAAAAAAAAACCCACUGGAGACCUAAAAAGAUACAACUUUAAUUUCUUUAACUCUUUUCCUGCCUUCUCCCUCCUGCUCUCUUUCCAAAUACUGUAUUCAGAGUCCCCUGCCAGACACAUGAGGGAGUAAGUCAUUAAUUUUCCAUGCUUCCCUCCACAGCCAGCUUGGCCGGGGUGGGGGGAGACAGAGGAACUUUCCUUUUUCUUCCUUCUUAUUCAUGAAUUUCUGAAAUUCUGAGUUACGUACUCUCACAGUAUCUUAAAGUUUGGCAAAAUAUCCAAAGGGGAAAAGUGGCAAGGUGAGCUCUGAGAACAUAUGAGGUUACUUAUUUAAAAAAAAAAAAAAAAGGUAUGUGUCCAAAACCGAGUAUUACCCAGUAUCAAAAUUAGCUUUCUUUAAUUAAAAGGGGAAAACAACAUUGUAUAUUUACCUUGGUGUAUAAUUCUUUUUCCUUGUCAAACUAAUAUAUUUUUAAAUAUUCUAUCCUCUUGUCCAACCUUGUUUCCCAAUUUUGAUUAAAGGAAGGAGGGAAAUAAGAAGGAGCAGAGAUUAGAGACGAUGCAGGGAAACUCUAGUCUUAUAUUUCUUGUCCUGUAAGUUACCACAUUCUAAAGUCAAAAAUGAUGCUUAAGGGUCUAUGCCAUGCAUCUCUGUACGUUUGUUCCUCUUGCUGUAGGAGUAAAUCCUCUUCUCAAAACAAAGUAAAUGAAUGAAGCGCCUGGAUUCCAUUAAAAUAAUGGGCUCCCGGUUUGCCAAGACGUUUUAAAGCUAUGUGAUCACUAAGUCAUGGAUCCUUACACGAGAGUGGCUGACCCUUAGGGAACCCCGCUGAAUGGCCCGCCUGUGACUGGGUGCCCAGGAGGGAUCAUUACGCCGCGAUCCUGGUUAUAUCAAUGUGCACUGGAGCCGGAGGCUGGAAGGAGGUGUCUGCUUGGGUCUUCGGAGAGGGAGGAGAGCCUCGAGCAGGAUCCCCACAGAAUCCGCAGAGGCAAGUCUGUUUGCUCUCCUUGGGAAUUGGAACCCCUUGUCUGGGGCCAGCGAAGCUCGCCAACACAGAGAGUAACACACUAUUGGAAGUUCUCUUGGAUGCUGGGGGAAAUAACAAUGUUUCUUGUUUGGCAGAAGUUUCCUUCCCACUCUUCCCAUUUUUCCUUAUUUUUCCAUCAUUUUAUCCAAGUUCUAGUUCUCACAGGCCUUUUCCUUCUCCCCCUUCCUCAGCAGAGGUGGGGAGCGGCUGGGAAAGGGGUGUAUUCUCGAAGCUGCCAUGAGUCUGUGGCCGCCCAUACACCUCUGGGUCCCAGACGGAGACAUACUUCAGAAAAGGCUUCCUCGGGUUCCUUAGAAAACAGAAACAAGAGUGAACCAUGAAGACACCAGCAGAAGCAUCUGCCUCUUUGGAACAUGACCAGGGAAACUCUUGGUUUUGAAGGGGAGCGCAUGGUUUUCCUCCAGGAAGCUGGCAUCGGCCACCCAGAAAUGCAGCUACCUGAUCGGGGGCCCGUCCCCCCUCUGUUGAGCCUCAUGGACGGUCACCGGCACACUCUCACCUGCUCGUGGUGGGGUCCCUCUUCCCUGCGAUUUCUCCCCAUAUUUCUGGGAGGUGUUUUGUUUACUUCUCUUUUUCCUUUUUGCCCAUCACUUCGCUCUCCUGCUGGGAAAGCUUGUCUAAGAGAGUGCUGUUGGCGUGGGGGAGACUGCCACCUUGCAACAGUCUCUCUCCAGAAAGCCAGGAAGGGCUUCCAUUUGCGAGGGUCCCGUGACACCGGCCUGCCUUUCCUUGUCGCCAUCAAGGUACUAGCCCUGACUCCAAUGGGUGGCCGCUGGCUGGUCCUUUCGCGGACCUUUGGCCCCGCUGUCUCUUCCUCAUACAAAAUCCCCAGUGGCCAGCCCACCAGAAAGUCACAGCGACAAGCAAACACCUUCUCAGUGCUCCUUUUCUAGCAUUUUCCCUCCCCCUGCAGUCUCUCCAGAGUCCGAUGGUCACAACCGAGGGCCUCGCCAACCCCAGGGCUCAUGGAGAGCUGAGCUAAGCAGCUGUUGAUUCCCAUCUGGAACGCAUUUAACGUUGCCUGUUUGCAGAACACAAUAUUUAAAGGGUGUGGAUGGAUGAGUGCUAAAGCAAAAUUAUUUACAGGCCUUAUGAAAAAUGAUUAGAUCUGUCUUUGAUUUUUUUUUUUAAUGAGGAUUUGUGUUUAGAAAUAUAAACUCCUUUAUUGUCGAAUGCUCCUAAAAUGCAUCCAAACUGCAUGUUUGGCCAGAGGCGAGGAUAAUAUAUUGAAAAAGGAACUGAAGGAAAUAAUCUCUGGAAUUCGUGAGCCUACUCUAGAUCAUAAUCUCCAGCAAAACCCAAUAACCUGUGUUGUAUAAUUUCAGUCUGCAAGAUGAGGGCAGAUUAUAAUUUUCGUCCUCAGAUCUUCAGAACUUGGACGGCUACUUAGGACCAAAUCGGUACUCCGUAUGCCCAAAUUAUACUUUUCAAAGAGAAAAACAUAAUCACUGUUAAUCCUAAUGUAUCUUUAGGUUAUGGGUAGAAAGUCAAAGCUCACUGUUUGAACAGGGCUUCUCAAAACCUAAUGGGGGGUAAAAUUCGCUACUGCUUUGCUAAGCCACGCCCAUCCCCAUGUUCGAUGGGGGGAAGGGAACUUUGUAGAACUGUUGACUCUCAUUUUGUACACCCUGAUACCUAGAAUUUAGAAUAGGGACCUAAUCAUUGCUUUUGUUUUUGGAAAGCCAUGGCAAUAAAAAUUUGCUGUUGAAAGUAGUGCAAGGAGGGCAUAUAUUUUAGUUUAGGAAAAUCCUCCCUCCCUCCCCAAUCCCGGAAGGAGAAAUUAUAAGCUUUCCUGUGCCAAAGAGCGUGGGGGUACAAAUGCACAUCGGCAUAGGGGCAGGAGUAUUACCCCAGCAAAGACCAGGUGAAGGGCACCCCGGUUCUGGUCAUGCUCCUUCUCCAGGAUUCACAACUACUGUUUGCCCUGUGAUGGCUUUUCCCAGGCAGGCAGGGGAAGAUCAUGGGUGUGACUAGGUCCCAGGCUUCUCCUUGCACCAAGAGCAAGUCCCUCAUCAUGCUUUGGGUAUCACGGUCCCUUCCCUGCUCCCCCAAGGCCGGCCUGUCACAGAGAGACAGCAGCCUCCUUGUGCAACCUUAACAUCUCUCCGAUAACCUUCCUGAAAAGGAAAUUCAUUUGUGGGAAUCCAAGCCAAACAGCUAAUAGAACAGAGCCAUCUCAAGUUAUUAGUAACAAAUUCAGGGAAAUAAAUGAAGUUUUUCCUGGCACGGUCAGCAUGUGUGUUUCCCCACAAAUCAAAAAAUAAUUUUCCAUUUGAAGGAAAAAAAAAAAAAAAAACCCAUGCCUGUAAUUGUUAAAGCAUAAAAUCUUGGACUUCACAGGCUUCUUCAAAAAAUAUUACUGCUUUAGGGAAAGCAUAGAAGAGCGAUCCUUCAACACAACCUCCAGAGACCCUCCGUGUUCUUUCCAAGAUCUUGAAAUCGCGUGCCCUAGAGGAUUCUGUGUGUGUCACGACCAUUUUUGUUUCGCAGUGACCUGUCCUGUACUUCAGUAGCUGGGUUCAUUAUUUAUAACAGGUCCGUAUCACAGUUGAGCUAAUAUUCAAACAGUUAUGGAUAUGAUACUAUGAAGUACUUUUGAUAAGAUUAUAUAUGCUUAAUAACAAAGUUAUUUUUCUUA